GAUCUAAGGGAGAUCAUUAAAGACAUACUAUAAUGGCGGUCGUUCUGACCAAAUCGUCUUGGUGCGAUGUUUUAAAGGUUGCGUUGGUAUCUUUAAGGAGAAGUAAGGUUAAAAAUGGUCUUUGGUGUAGAUAUUUCGGACAACCAGUUCCGAAGACUCAUCCACAUCUUCUCAAAGAAGGCCAAGUGACUCCUGGAAUUACCGAAGACGAAUAUCGUCGCAGACGCAUCGCAUUGUUUCGAAAUGCUCUCCAGCAGCGAAAAUCUGGUGCCCCGAAGGACAUGAUCUUUAUAUUCCCUUCAGCUUCUAAGGUAUUCAUGAGUUACGAUAUUCCUUACACUUUUAGGCAGAACACUGAAUUUUUGUAUUUAUGUGGUUUUUUGGAACCAGACAGUUUAUUAUUAAUCUUCAACAACCCGAAUGACGGAAACCCUUAUGCCGACCCGAAGUCCGUUCUAUUUGUUCCUCCCAAGAACCCGGAACGCGAACUGUGGGAUGGUCCUUGCUCAGGAGUUGAAGGGACGUUAUCUUUUACCGGAAUCGAUGCUGCUUAUACUGUUGACGAACUGGAGUCGUUUCUUUAUGAAUACAAGAAGAAUCAUUCUAGGUAUACGGUUUGGUAUAACUUUAACAAACCCGUUCAGAAGAAAAUACACGACAGAUUCCUGACCAGGUUUAUUCAAGAAAGUAGGAACUGUAAUUUUGAGAUUACCGACAAAUUAGUUCAAAACCUCAGACUCAUCAAAUCAGAGGAUGAGAUUGAACUGAUGAAGAAUUCUGUGGAUAUCGCUUCCGAAUCCCUAGUAAAAGUAAUGGAGUUUUCACAGCCAGGUAUAAAUGAAAGCAUGCUUGUUGCUAAAAUGGAUUACGAAUGUCGAACACGAGGUGCACAGUAUCUGGCAUACCCACCAGUCGUAGCUGGAGGAAAUCGCGCCAACACUGUACAUUAUGUAAAUAAUAACCAAAUUGUGAAUGACGGUGAAUUAGUUUUAAUGGAUGCUGGCUGUGAACUUCACGGUUAUACCAGCGAUCUAACCAGGACUUGGCCUGUUUCAGGAACUUUCUCGAAGGUCCAAAGAGAAGUCUAUAAUGCAGUUCUCAGAUGUCAGGAACUGUGUUUGAAAAUGUGUCGAAAGAGUCUCUCUUUGGAUGAUAUCUACACCGAAAUGCUCGCUAUUUUGGGUUGUGAACUGAAAGCGUUGGGAUUAAUUGAAUCAAGUUUAAGUGGGAGUAAGCUAAUGGCAACUGCUCGGAAGUUCUGUCCCCAUCAUGUUGGUCAUUACCUUGGCAUGGAUGUCCACGAUACUCCGAGCGUUUCUCGCCGUAUCCGUCUUGAACCUGGCAUGAUUGUGACUAUAGAGCCUGGUAUUUACAUACCUGAAACCAAUAUGAUGGUGCCAGCAGAAUUUAGAGGCAUUGGGAUUCGAAUAGAAGACAACGUGUUGAUAACAAAUUCUUCACCUGUCAUCCUGUCCAGUAAUUGUCCAAAGAGAGUUGAAGACAUUGAAGAUAUCAUGAAUUCAAAGAGGUAUUAGCAAGUUAGUGUGUGAUAUGGAAUGUGUGUGUGAGAGGAAGAACUCUUAAGAUGUAAACAAGAUCAGUACCAAGUUGUUUAAUCUGAAGUUAACACUGAUUAAACAGAGCCAUGAAUGAAGACAUUCCAUCUCAUCUUUUCAGACAUAUUCUUGGAAUAUAUUAUCCAGUAUACUCCUUAAAUACAGUAGGAUGUGAUCUAUAGGUAUUUUGGCUGUUAUUUCUUGCAGUUUGAUCGACUGCAUGGUGGCACAAUUGCUCAUUGAUGCAAGGUCAUGAAAUUACCACUUAAUGGUAAAAAAAAAAAAGGAAAGAACAAUUUAAAAAAAUUAUAAUCUAAAAUAUUGUAAUUUGUAAAAAAAUGAAAUAACUUUAUUGAACUAAA